GGGAGGGGGGGGGUGCAACAGGGAAACAAUGAGGCCUUUUGGUGAUUGUACAGGAUCCACCCUCAGCUUCCCAGUGUGUCCCCUCUGCGGGCUGGAUCCGGGUGGCUGCUUGGGGGUGGGGCAGGGGGCCCUGAAUGGGCCCCUUGUCUCAGCCCUGGGUGUGGGCCAGGCUUCCCGGGCACACAGUGCCCUCGCCAGGCCUGGCCAGCCUCUGUGGCUUCCACCCCCAGCUGGCUGAGGAUGGGGCCCAGUGAGGGAGCAGGCCCCUCCCAGACAGCCUCAGCUGGGCUCCUGGCCAAGGCAGAAGCAGCAGGUAGGGAUAAGGCCCCCAUCUAGUGGGGAAGUGGGGGAAAGCGGCUGCCUCAGCUCAUGCGAGCCCUGUCCCCCGCCUGGAGAGCACCUGUGGAAGGCUGGGUGCCGGAGGCUGGCCCUGUGGCUCCCGAUAUUUAUGACCUUGGGCAGGCUCUCUGGUUCCUUUGAAUCCCAGCUUCCUCGUGGGUAAAAUGGUGCUGACGGUCAUACCUGCCUGAGGGCUGCCGUGAGAAUCACAGGACAUCAUACACGGAAAACGCCCAGCAGCCCAGCGCCCCGUACAUGUUAGUUUCCCUUUCAUGUCUUUGCGGGAAGAAGGGCUAAGGGCUCAGAGAUUGGCUCUGGGCUCUUGGAAGGGCCUCGGGGGUUGGGGUCAAGGUCAGGCAGGCUCUCACAAUGGGCUGGAACUCUCGCUCACUCUGGGUUCUCAUCCACUUUGACUCCUCUCCCUGUCCCAGGGAGGGGAGGGACGGCCCAGGAUGAAUUGUCAGGGGGAGCUUUCCCCCUAGAUUCCUUAUUUAUUUCUUCACUGCUGCAUUUGAAAUUCCUGAGAGACCUCUUAGGUGGCAGCCACUGGCCUGCAGACUGCCCCCCACACCCUCCCCCCGUGCCAAAUGCUGGUUUUGCCCCCUACUUGGGACUUGUAAAUUGGGAGAAAUGGCUAUCAGAAGACUCUUCCAGUGGGUUUGGCGAAAGAUUACUUCCUUGGUGUUUUUCUGGAAACACAGAGCUAAGUCAACCAUUGUGGAACACCCUGACUCUAAGAAAUCUGCAUUGAAGAUGGAGAAGGCUUCCAGUGUGGUUGAGACUUGCAUGUUGGUUGAGCCCCUUAAAGAGGCUAAAGUCUGCAGGAUGGGAGUGUUCCCCAAGGUGACUGAUCCCUGCACAUUGGCCAAGACAACAGAUGGGGCUAAAGUGGAGCUGGAUCGUGGGAGCCGGUCCCUGUUGCAGCUGCCCCGGACGGCUGCCAACUCUGUCUCCACAAUCAUGGUCUCGGCUUUCCAGUCUGGCUGGCAAAUGUGCAGCUGGAAGUCAUCUAUGAGUUCUACCUCAGUUCCUUCCGAAAUAAGGACCGGGUCCCUUUUGCAGUCACGGGAAGCUAAGAUGCUGCGGGAAGUGUAUCUGGUGCUGUGGGCCAUUCGGAGACAAUUGCAGCAGCUGGCUCACAGGCAAGAGAGGCGCAGAAGGCACCACAACUGGGCCCACACUUGCCCCAAGCCUGAAGCAGUUCAGGGCCUGAAAAAGGAUGCCUCUAGGGGAAACCCCACAUCCUCAGAAAGCCCCCACCUCACUCUUAGGUAAGGCUGAUAGGAGAGGUUAGGGCAGCAGGCCAGGAGUUGUGGGUGAGGAGACAUUUUCACACUGUUACCUCUCAUCAGGAACCCAGGCCAGGCCUGGGGUCCCACUUCUCCCCUUCAUUCCUUUUAUUCAAUUUGUAAAAAAAUUUUCAAACUGUUGGGAAAUAAAUAUCAGAUAUUUCUGA